AUGCUUUCUUUCUUCAUCUCUAUUAGUUUAUCAAAGAAACCAGUCAUUCUAAUUCCAGGAAUGUAUGGUUCAAAUCUAUAUGCAAACUAUACAGAUGCUCACUUACAGUGGUUUUGUCCGAAAUCAGGAGAAGACGAACUGAUUUGGGGAAAUCCUCUUAGAUUAAUAAGACCAAUGUAUCAAUGCACAUUCGGACUUCUUCGUGAAUAUUGGAAUAACUCAGAACCCAUCAAAUAUCCAAAUAUUUCUAUCAAGCCAAAAUCCUUCGGUCCAUUAGAUGAUAUAUUAUACAAAUACAAGAUUCCAGGAAUCACAUAUGGCAUUUCUGGAGACUUUGCAAACCUCGUCAAAGCAUACAUCAAAAAAGGCUACAGACCUGGUGUUGAUUUACUUGCCGCUCCAUAUGAUUUUCGUCGUGCUCCGAUGUAUCUUGGCGAUUAUUACACAGAUCUCAAGAAUUUGAUCGAAAAAGCGCGUGUCCAAAACAGAAGAAAUGUAACUUUAGUUGCUUUUGACUUAGGAGCAUUAGUUAUGCAGAGAUUCCUUUUAAAGAACGUAACAUGGGGCUGGAAGAAGGCAAAUGUUCGAAAUACUGUUAUGGUUGCUCCAGAUCUUGUUGGUUCAAUCCGCCCAUUCCUCGAAUUAAGAUAUUCUGAAACAGAAAGAAUCCCAUUCUUACAGAACCAAUAUCUUGGCGGUGCAUUGUCCUCUUGGGCUGCUACAUACGCUCAAUUACCAAAUUUCAACGUCUUCACUGGAGAAAAUCUUGUAAGAUUCCCACUUCAAAAUACAACUUCUUACCAAGUACCAAAUUUACUUGCCAGGUUCGGACUUGUCAGAGGAACAGAUAUUCAAGGAUUAAACAGAUCACUUCGCAUUUUAAGGAAGGAACUUAACGACUACGAGGUACCAACAACUGUUAUAUAUAACAGUGGAAUCAAAACAUUAAGGAGUCUUGAAUUUCCUCAAAAUCCCCGUAAAUAUCCAAAAGUAGAAUUUUCGGAUGGUGACGGACUUGUAUUAUCAGAUGGACCUAAAUACAUAUGCUCUAGAUGGUCGAACAUCAGAUGCAUUGAUGUCAAAAAUGAUGGAAGGUAUUUCAGACAUCAGAGAUUCAUGAAUAACCCAUACGUUGUGGAUCUCACAGUAAACGCUUCAAUUGUUUCAGCUUGGGCUGUGAAAGGAAGAUUAAAUGAAGUGGCUCCGCAAGUUACGACAAUUCCAUUCUUUGGGUACUACAUCAAUCAAAAUGUUCGGGCAAGGAAAAUAUAUAGUGAUCUUUAA